GUUUUUUAAAGAAAUAUGGCUGACAGAUCUAAAAUAAAUAGAACAACUGCAAGUGAUUUUGGAAAUAUUCGAGACGCUGAGGAUGAUGAUGACAAUGAAUUUUUUGCUAAUGAUGACAACUUUGAUGAUGAAGAAUGUGAAGCAAAUGAUGCUCCUGAAGAUCAUGAUGGUUUACAACAGCCAAUUGAUCAUACAAGCAAUCCUUCACAAGCAUCUUCCACAGUUGGCCGUACUUGUUCAAAUAGCUCUUCGCCGUGUACCUGUAUCAAAUCUUUCAAAAAUUACCGAGGCCCCAGAUGAGCUAUCUUAUUCAUUCAAACAUGGAGAAAAUGCUUUGCAAGUAAUUAAUGAAGAUCAUGAGCGUUUGGGACAUGAGAACUAUUUACGUCUUCCUUCUGGGUCUUUCCACACUUCACAAUAUUCAAUUAAGAAUAGUUGGGAGGAAAGUGCUCUUCGUUGUCAGAAUGCAAUUAUCCGAUCUGAAUUGGAUUUGAGUAGUAUUCAGAUCCCAACUAAAGCAAACAAUUCUAUCAAUUUGGAUAAUUUAAAAAAUUCUCCUAAACAAAGUUCUAUUCAUCAAAUACCUAAAGACUCAACAAAAAAUUCAGCAACUUUUAAUAGUAUUCCACAACAACAAAGACCACCACUUUCACCUUCACGCUUUUUAAAUAAAAGUAUAAAUAAUGUAAAACCAUUUAUUUCUGGUACUCGCUAUACAGUCUAUUUUGGUUUUAAACGUUUGGAUGGACUUGAUUCUGAGGAAUUUUUACGUAUUCAUAAUAUUCAUUAUGGUCGAGAACGGUUACUCAUUCGUUGUUGGAUAAAGAACAAUUCAAAAUCUGACAAUUGUUUCAAGUUAGUUAGCCCAGCUGAAAAUGUAUCUUCAAUUUUGGAGUGGGAUGCUUACCAAAAAAUUGUUAUUUCUUUUACGCCUACUUCUGCUGAACACUAUGCAAACUAUCUUUUUAUUCAUUGCCAAUCUAGGCAUGAAUCUCGAAAAUAUAAGGUUUUUCAGAAUAUAAUUAUUUAA